AACACCCUGCUACAUUUUUAUUAUUUGUGUUUGAUAAGAAAAAAACUAAGAUAUCAAUAGUUGGGCCAACUGAAGUGGGAAGGGGCUCGUACAUCCACCUUAGAAUACAGAAAUUUGAUGAAACAUUCAGGUCAAUUCCUUCUACACAAUUGUUUAUACUUUUUUGACUACCAGUAGCUGCAUCACCUUGAAACAUGACCUGAGUACGCUGUAGUGGUAGCAAUAAUUCUUUAUCAAGACACUGCCGUUUAAAACACAGCGGCGACAUCCGUGUCGUGAGUAACAAGAACGGUCAAGAGCGGUUAGAGGUGGAUGAGUUAGCUGGCGAAGACGCACCUGAGCAAUCGGACGUAAUCCAAUCGAAGCCUUUCAAAUGCACUGUUUGCCCCUUUUCAACAGAUACAGCCGAAGAGCUUAAAGCACACCUGUUUGGGCACGUGGACGGAGGAAGACAUCGAUGUUUUUACUGCCGCUAUUCCGUUUCGCAUAGGGAUGAUCUCCUGGUCCACUUGAAGCUCCACGGAGUUGCAGACCCGGAUGACUUCCUCAACAAAGUGGCUGACAAGAGCCCUCUGCUGGAGAGCGGCGAUGGGAAGAAGUUCAAGUGCCUGGCGUGUCCCUACGUAACCAACUCCAAAUCACAAUACACUUAUCACAAGCAGUUCCAUAAGCCCAGAGGAGGCCAGUACACCUGCACUCACUGCUCGUACAAUGUCAGCAAGCGACAUCUACUUCACCAACACCUCAAAGUACAUGGAAUCAGCGUUACGUCUCACAAACAAAAUGGCGAGGCGCUGUACCUCGAUGAUGUUUGCGAUGAGAUAGACGAAAUACCGCAAGCUACUGCUUUCAAUAUAGACCUUCAGAACUUCCCUGAUAUUCCACUUGUUUGGGUGUCAAAAAGCGGAAAGUUCUCCAAGAUGUUCAAAUGCCGAUAUUGUCCUCAUGUCAACUUGAGGAAGGUCAACAUCCAGGAGCACGAGAAAAUGCACAGCGCUAGAGAAAAGAGCUCUAACUCUUCGCGAAACGGAGAUAGCGAACAUCGGUGUACAGAAUGCAAUUAUGUCUGUAACAACGCCGGAGUGCUUUCCUCGCAUUCUAAGGUGCAUCAAGGAUUAUAUGGGACGGUGCACCGAUUGGUUGAUCCCACUAGAACAGAUGAGGAACAAAUCAGAGAACUUAGCCGAUCUCUAGGUAUACAACCGUUCCCAGAAGGUUCGACGAUAGAAGAUUUUGACUUCGUAGAGUCGUCACCAAACGAAGACGAAAUCGACAGCUCUUCUGGAUCUGGUUCUGUUUUAUACUUUUGCAAAGAAUGCCCCGCUAGAUUCUUGAAAGAGAAUGAGUUUGGAAUUCACAAAAGAUUCCAUGGAUCAAAGUUAUUCUAUAAAUGUGAGUAUUGUAGCUAUACCUCGCGCGAAAAACCUCACUUGUACUCUCACUACAAAGUGCAUACGUCAGAAUACCAGGAAAGGACCAAGGUAUUGCAAAGUAUGUAUAUAACCAGUACAAAUUACCCUAAAUCAACAAUAGUUACCAAAAACUUCAACGGGGAGUCAGCUUGGGUAGUAGCUGAGGUCAAACCAGAGAUGAGCACGUUAUGCAGCAUACUCAACAAGCCCCUAAAGUCCAGUCAAAGUGUGCCAUUGUCAGGAACAGACUUGUUCUUACAGAAAUCUGAAGCUGAACAGAAGCAAGUCGCCGAGCAAAGUAGAGAACCUUCACCUAUUCCGGAUGAAGCAGCGCAAAAUGUCUCGUCUGCGUCUAACCUUAAAAAUGGAAAAACGAAAGAAAAACGCUACAAGUGCCAGAAGUGUCCCAGUGCCUUCGAUAAAAGGGAACAACACAAAGUGCAUACAAACCUUCACGGGGCUAAGCAGAGGUACACAUGCGAGUACUGCGAUUACUCGGUGAAGUACUACGCAAACUAUAUCCAACACCUCAAGAAGCACAGAAUGAAUGCAGAAGCUUUAACACCCAGACGUUCAAGUGACGAAAUGGACGUCGAACCUGAUGAAACUGUAGAAGUUACCAAUGAAGUAGAUAUUAAACCUAGGAUAAGCGUGGCAGACCAACAGAUAGCAGCGAUCGAGGAACAUCGGCAAAUGCGCGAAGCUAAAGACCUCGAAGAGAAGAAGAUGUAUUGGUGUCAGAACUGCCCUUACACCAAUCCCAGUAAAGCAGCUGUGAACAAUCACAACAAACGACACAUUUCAGUGUCUGGUGUGAAAAACGCAUAUACUUGUGAACACUGUGAUUAUUCUGUACCCCAAAAUCAUUUCCUUAGGGAACAUACAAAGUGGCACUUCGUGCCCAGUAAGAUGAGACAGGUGGAAGGUUUCAUGACUUGUGAUAGUGUUAAGUUAACCUCAGCUAAAGUAGAGCUAGGAGAUGAAAACGAACAGACGUUCUUCGAGGAACAUGGUUCUAAAGUAGAAGGUGUUGAUGUUGAGGAACGAUUCAACAAUAAUGAGGGUGAAAAGCGAUAUAUCAAUGUACAAACCGGGGAGGUAGUCAUUAAAGAGGAAAACAGUGAUAAACAAUCCGAGGGUGUGGGUCAGGAUUAUAAAAUGGACAUAAUUUAGUCAAACAGCUAGUGAUUGUAAUAUUAUCUUAACCUAAUUUAUCACUUAAUAUAAUAAUAGUUAUGAAUUUUCAGUACUUUAACGAUAAUUGCCUUAGUAAUAGAGUAUUUUUACAAAGUAUUUUCACAUGAAAGUAGAACGUUUAAUACCUAUAGUAUUAUCACCAGUUUCAUACCUAACAUACGCUAUAUGUAAAUAUUAUUGUUUUUGUUUAAGAAGUAUUUUAUUUUCAUGGGGUUUAAUGCCAAAGCAUUCAAAGCCAAAAUUUGCCAUAACGUUUAUUGUUGUUUAUUGUUUAUAGAGAAAAU